CGCGCGUGCAACUCCACUCCGGGGCUUUGUGAGAGCCGGGGCGAUAGCAUCGGCGGCGGCUGGAGGAGGAGCGGCCCAGACGCGUGCAGCCCGCCCGCCAGCGCCCGGGAGCCCGGGCAGGUGGGAGCCCGCGCGGGAGCCGAACCGACGCGAGCAGGAGCCGAGUCCGAGCGGAGCUCGGGCGGAGCACAGGAGCCUCGCUAGCGGGCGGCCCGUGGGCGGCAGCCGGGCGGGGCAGGCGCCGGUGGGGCGGCCCCCCAGUAAGAUGUGCGCGGCGCUGCGGGGCGCCCCCUACUCGCUUGGGCGCUCGGGAGCCGGGCAGCUGGGCCAGGCGGCGCCUCGGGGGCUGCUGCGCGCCCGCGCCUAGAGCUGCCGCCCCAGGGAGCCCGCCACGGCCGCGCCCCGGGCACGCUCGGCGGCGCCCAACGAUGACCGCUCCCUGGCGGCGCCUCCGGAGACUGGUUUGGGAAUACUGGGCCGGGCUCCUCGUGUGCGCCUUUUGGAUCCCGGACUCGCGCGGGAUGCCCCACGUCAUCCGGAUCGGAGGAAUCUUUGAGUAUGCGGACGGUCCCAACGCCCAGGUCAUGAACGCCGAGGAGCAUGCCUUUCGAUUUUCUGCCAACAUCAUCAACAGGAACCGGACUCUGCUGCCCAACACUACCUUGACCUAUGACAUCCAGAGGAUUCACUUCCACGAUAGCUUUGAAGCCACCAAGAAGGCCUGUGACCAGCUGGCGCUGGGCGUGGUGGCGAUCUUCGGGCCAUCUCAGGGCUCCUGCACCAACGCCGUCCAGUCCAUCUGCAAUGCCCUGGAGGUGCCCCACAUCCAGCUGCGCUGGAAGCACCACCCGCUGGACAACAAGGACACCUUCUACGUGAACCUCUACCCUGACUACGCCUCUCUCAGCCACGCCAUCCUUGACCUGGUUCAGUACCUCAAGUGGCGGUCGGCCACCGUGGUCUAUGAUGACAGUACAGGGCUCAUCCGACUGCAGGAGCUCAUCAUGGCCCCUUCGAGAUACAACAUCCGCCUGAAGAUCCGCCAGCUGCCCCUGGACUCUGACGACUCACGCCCGCUGCUCAAGGAGAUGAAGCGAGGCCGGGAAUUCCGCAUCAUCUUCGACUGCAGCCACACCAUGGCUGCCCAGAUCCUCAAGCAGGCCAUGGCCAUGGGCAUGAUGACCGAGUACUACCACUUCAUAUUCACCACUCUGGAUCUUUAUGCGCUAGACCUGGAGCCCUACCGCUACUCGGGGGUGAAUCUGACAGGGUUCCGGAUCCUCAAUGUGGACAACCCCCAUGUCUCGGCCAUCGUGGAGAAGUGGUCCAUGGAGCGGCUACAGGCAGCCCCCCGGGCCGAGUCCGGGCUGCUGGACGGAGUGAUGAUGACCGACGCCGCCUUGCUGUAUGAUGCCGUGCACAUCGUGUCCGUGUGCUACCAGCGGGCACCCCAGAUGACCGUGAAUUCCCUGCAGUGCCACCGGCACAAGGCGUGGCGCUUCGGCGGCCGCUUCAUGAAUUUCAUCAAGGAGGCUCAAUGGGAAGGAUUAACUGGACGGAUUGUUUUCAACAAAACCAGUGGCUUACGGACCGAUUUCGAUCUGGACAUCAUCAGUCUGAAGGAGGACGGCCUGGAGAAGGUUGGGGUGUGGAGUCCUACCGAGGGGCUCAAUAUCACAGAGGUCCCCAAAGGCCGAGGUCCUAACGUCACCGACUCUCUGACAAAUCGGUCACUCGUCGUCACCACAGUGCUGGAGGAGCCCUUUGUCAUGUUCCGGAAGUCUGACAGGACCCUGUUUGGGAAUGACCGGUUCGAGGGCUACUGCAUUGACCUGCUCAAGGAACUGGCCCACAUCCUGGGCUUCUCCUACGAGAUCCGGCUGGUGGAGGACGGCAAGUACGGGGCGCAGGACGACAAGGGCCAGUGGAACGGCAUGAUCAAGGAGCUCAUUGACCAUAAGGCGGACCUGGCCGUGGCCCCCCUGACCAUCACCCAUGUGCGCGAGAAGGCCAUUGACUUCUCCAAGCCCUUCAUGACGCUCGGUGUCAGCAUCCUCUAUCGCAAGCCCAACGGCACCAACCCCAGUGUCUUCUCCUUCCUCAACCCCCUGUCCCCUGACAUCUGGAUGUAUGUGCUGCUCGCCUACCUGGGUGUCAGCUGUGUCCUCUUUGUCAUCGCCAGGUUCAGCCCAUACGAGUGGUACGAUGCUCACCCCUGCAACCCUGGCUCCGAGGUGGUGGAAAACAACUUCACUCUGCUGAACAGCUUCUGGUUCGGAAUGGGGUCCCUGAUGCAGCAAGGGUCUGAACUGAUGCCCAAAGCCCUGUCCACGCGCAUCAUCGGUGGCAUCUGGUGGUUCUUCACGCUCAUCAUCAUCUCCUCCUACACGGCCAACCUGGCCGCCUUUCUGACCGUGGAGCGCAUGGAAUCACCCAUCGACUCUGCAGAUGACCUGGCCAAGCAAACCAAAAUCGAGUAUGGAGCGGUCAAGGACGGGGCCACCAUGACCUUCUUCAAGAAAUCCAAGAUCUCCACCUUCGAGAAGAUGUGGGCCUUCAUGAGCAGCAAGCCCUCGGCGCUGGUGAAGAACAACGAGGAGGGCAUCCAGAGGACGCUGACCGCCGACUACGCGCUGCUCAUGGAGUCCACCACCAUCGAGUACGUCACCCAGAGGAACUGCAACCUCACCCAGAUCGGGGGCCUCAUCGACUCCAAGGGCUACGGCAUCGGCACGCCCAUGGGCUCCCCGUACCGGGACAAGAUCACCAUCGCCAUCCUGCAGCUGCAGGAGGAGGACAAGCUGCACAUCAUGAAGGAGAAGUGGUGGCGGGGCAGCGGGUGUCCCGAGGAGGAGAACAAAGAGGCCAGCGCCCUGGGGAUCCAGAAGAUCGGGGGCAUCUUCAUCGUCCUGGCCGCCGGGCUGGUUCUGUCAGUGCUGGUGGCCGUGGGCGAGUUUGUGUACAAGCUCCGCAAAACAGCAGAGCGAGAGCAGCGUUCCUUCUGCAGCACCGUGGCCGACGAGAUCCGUUUCGCCCUCACCUGCCAACGUCGAGUCAAGCACAAGCCGCAGCCUCCCAUGAUGGUCAAGACUGAUGCCGUCAUCAACAUGCACACGUUCAAUGACCGCCGGCUUCCGGGCAAGGACAGCAUGACCUGCAGCACAUCACUGGCCCCCGUUUUCCCCUGAGCACCGGUAGGGUGGGGACCGCAGGCCUGGGGGCAGGGUGGAGGAAAGCAAAGGAGACUGGAAGGCACAUCCCUGUCCCCACACUGGGCUUGGGGACCAGAGCUGCUGCCUGCCGAUUGGGCCAAGAGCCCUCUGCCCUCACCUACUGGGAAACCAGCAGGCCCCCAGGCCAGCUGCUUGAGCUUCAUCUCGUCUUGUUUCUUCUGUGGGUUUCUAAAGCUGCCAGCCGAGACAGCCAAGGCCAAAGGAAGCACAUGCCUCUCUCAGGCCACGCUCACCUGCGCCUCCACCUUCCUCCACAGUCACAAGUUUCUGCCACGGCCCUGCAGGGGCCAGAGAAAAUAGCUCUUUUAUUGCCACUCCUUCCCCAUCAACCCAGUUCUCCUGGGGCUUGACUACGAGACCAGAGACACACACCCUGGACAUGGCAGGGGUGUUCUCAUUUGGCUGACAGUGGGACAGUGGAAGCUACAAACAGAGGAUGGCCAUCCACAUGCCUGGGCAGAGGGAAGACCUCAUCCCCCGGGGGCUGCUCACAGGCUUCUGAAUUCCUGCAUUUGGCACCAACCAUGGUAGCCCCUGUUUGGGCAAAGUUGAAUGCAGAGAGCCCCAUAGGGGAAAAGAGGAGUUUGGGGUCUGGGAGAGGCUGCCAUUUUGAAUUCUAUGGUCAGUGUCUAAUGGCCACGCUUCUUUAGGAGAGAGGGGGAAGAGUCGAAGCAAACUCUUCUCCACUUUCUGGGCCAGAGGAGAGACAACCCCCUGAAACUCUCAAAAAAGACACCCAGAGACUCAGCCAACAUUUGAGGCCCAGAGGAACAGUGGUUUCCAUGGAAAUCCCAUAGGCCUUCACGUCAUGGGAUCUUAUUUUGCUGGUUACCAAGCUGCUUUUCAGACCCUGAUGGCAUGAGGGAGCUUGGGCUGUUUGCCUUCCACUCAUCAGCAACUCCCCAUUGCUGGCCGGUUGGCCUUAAGAUCCUUCGUCAUCCUGGGAGAAGAGUAGCCUAGAUCAAAGUGAAAGUCGAUUCACCCUUCCUCAAAAGAGGGGCCCAGGUCCCAGGCACAGGCUAACUUUGUGGUAGGUGGGAAAACUAGAAGGGCCCUAAAGAACUCCCGGCCUCCUGGUCUUGGCAAACCUAAAGAUACCCCCCAAAAAAUGAAGUUUUAGGGGGCAGGAUAUCAUGGCUGGUAGAGGCUCCAAAGGUGGGAAGAUAGAAGCUGCCUCUUGGAGAAUUAACCAAAGACCCCAAACAAAGACACAAGGUCAUCCUGGAGCCUGGUCUCUUGUCCAGAGCAGCUGGGACCUUGUAGGGCUUGGGGACCCGGCAGAGGAGUAGUAGCAGGCGGGGUACCAGUGAGGGGUAGACCAGAUGGCCUGUAGGUUCCAGCCAGCUGCGAUGGAUGUUCUAGAGGUCUGUGACUUCAAGUGUCUGGGGAAAGAAUGCGACAUGGAAGGUUUAGGAACAAAGUGUCCUUAAAGAGAACCUGAUAGGGCCAGUAGGGCUUCCCAACGCCAAGGGCAGAAGGCAUUCUCCCAGCAGGGGAUGAGGACUGAAUCUGGACGGGGACCCAGAGGCACCAGCCACCCCCUCCCACCUCUCUCCUGUUUCUGCUUGAGGAGCCUGGUUAGGGAAGAGCCACAUUUAGGUCUCAAGGACCUUCUCAGCUGGGGGAAAGGGUAAGCUCUAGCUCCCCCAGGGACUUCCAAAGCAGUAGAGCACAGUGGGCUCAUGUGACAAGUACUGCCCCUCCUACAAAUCAGAGCCACUCCAGCAGGCUGUGUGCACGGGAGGUAGAAGAGGCCGGACAUGCAGUGUAGCCAACACAUGUAACAAUAGGAAAAGCCAUGCUGUCAUGAGCUCCUGGGUGCAAGAGUAUGUGGUGCAUAUAUGUGUAUCUGUGUCUUUAUAUGUGUGAGUUUUGGGGACUGGGGGAGAAGGACAGAUUUGGACAUAUACAGAGUCCAGGGCAUGCAAUAAUAAGGAAUCCUUUGGGUUCUGGUGUGUGUGUGUGUGUGUGUGUGUGUGUGUGUGUUUGUGUGUACACACGUGUCAUGUGUGUGAAUUGAGAAUGAAGGAGACAAUUCUGGACAAGCAGCAGAGCUCCAUACAUGUAAAAAUAGGAGAAGCCAUGUCAUAAUGGGGUGCUGGUGAAUAUAUAUAUAUAUAUAUAUAUAUAUAUAUAUAUAUAUAUACACACACACACACAAUUGUGUGCGUAUGUGUGUGUGUAUCUGCAUGUGCAUUUGUGCACCAAUGGCAGAGGGUAGAGGACAGAAUAAAACCGGCAGCAUUGCCAAAUAUGUCUUAAAGGAGAAGCCAUGUCAUCAAGGGAUCCACAUGUGAGCAUGUGUGCACAAGUGUGUGUGGGCUCAUGUGUGCAGCAGAGAGUGGGAGAGAGGACAGAACCAGACAGACAUGCAGCAAGGUUCAUGCAUGUCAUGUGUGAGAAGCCCUGAAGAACUGGAGUUUGUGAGUGUGUGUUUGUAUGCUCACAAGCAUGUUCAAGCACACACAUGUUACAGCUCACUACAGGAGCAGAGAUGGACAAUCAGGAAGGCAGAGAACCAGGGUCUGUUGGCACUUCUGUCGUGAGGAGAGAUCUUUUGUCACAAGAUUUGCAAGUCUGUCUAGGCAUAGGUACGGGAGACUAUCAGGCACGGGCACAGGGAGACUGUCAGGCACGGGCACAGGGAGGCUGCCAGGCACAGGCACAGGGAGACUGUCAGGCACGGGCACAGGGAGACUGCCAGGCACGGGCACAGAGAGACUGCCAGGCACGGGCACAGGGAGACUGUCAGGCACGGGCACAGGGAGACUGCCAGGCACGGGCACAGGGAGACUGUCAGGCAUGGGCAUAGGGAGACUGUCGGGCAUGGGCACAGGGAGACUGUCGGGCAUGGGCACAGGGAGACUGUCGGGCAUGGGCACAGGGAGACUGUCAGGCACAGGGAGACUGUUAGGCAUGGGCACAGGGAGACUGUCAGGCACAGGGAGACUGUCAGGCAUGGGCACAGGGAGACUGUCAGGCAUGGGCACAGGAGACUGUCAGGCACAGGGAGACUGUCAGGCAUGGGCACAGGGAGACUGUCAGGCACAGGGAGACUGUCAGGUACAGGGAGACUGUCAGGUACAGGGAGACUGUUAGGCAUGGGCACAGGGAGACUGUCGGUCACGGGCACAGGGAAACUGUCAGGCACGGGCACAGGGAGACUGUCAGGCACAGGGAAACUGUCAGGCACGGGCACAGGAAGACUGUCAGGCACGGGCACAGGGAGACUUUCAGGCACGGGCACAGGGAGACUGUCGGGCAUAGGCACAGGGAGACUGUCGGGCAUAGGCACAGGGAGACUUUCGGGCAUAGGCACAGGGAGACUGUCGGGCAUAGGCACAAGUCGGGGCAAAGCGCUUAGGAGCUUGUGGCUGGUGAGUUCGUUUUUCCAGGCAGAGUGCCCUGUUUUAAGGGGAAAAUGCCAUAUAUUUGCAAUUUCCAGGUGACAGGAUUCUAAUGAAUGCAUUUGCCCAUUUGUUCUCACCAACCACGGAUACUAACCAGUGUCCUUCUUCAUCCAGUACAAUUUCUUGGCACACAUCCACAUCCAUGCUCAUAUCACACACACAUGUGUGUGCUUCUGUGUAUAACACUCCAUGGACCUGUCAUGUUUUCCUGAGGCUCUGCAUAUAGACAGACUGAUGAGAGAAAGAAAAGGAAGGGCAUGAGAAGAAAGACUUUUCAUCAAAUGAGUGAAGAAUGGUGGAUAGCAGAGGUACUAUUCAGUGAGGGAAGUCCCCCAAGAUACUGAAAUGAUUUGGGGGCUCCAAAACAGAAAUGGGAUGACAUGCUGCGUGAUCUUUCUCCACAUUCCAGCUUAUGUCCAUAUAUGUGGCUCAUGUUCAAUGUCUAGCUGAUGUCCUAUGUUUGUCUUCAAGACCAGCCCAGGGUUCCAAGUGCAGUGGAAACCACUUCUGCCCAAGUGUGAGCUGUGUCUCUCGAGGACUCCAGGUUCCACUACGUCCGGAGGAGUGGGGUGGGAGAAGGUCUUCCCAGCAAGGGGGAUCCCGUGGAACUCAAGUUUAGACCGGCCUGCCAGUGGGGUGAACUGAGCCAGGGCGGGUACACAUGGGCACAUGCAUAGAGGUGCUGGGGUGGGGGGCUGGGAGAGAUGGGGAGUGUAAAUGCUGAUUUAGAUGGAGCAGAAGGUGGGACUUGCCUGAGCAGGUUCUACUGUGCCUGCCUGGCCCCACAUGCUGGCCCUAAACAGAAGAGUGCCCCACCUUCCACCCCUAUCUCCCACCUCACACCAGUGCCUCCUCUCAACCUGCUCGAAGUGGCCAAACUAAGGGCAGCAGUGAGGGGACACACACAGUAAGCCCUCCUUAUCUCUCUCUCCCCCUGACCUGUCGCUGGUCUUUGCUGGGACACAGCUCAGACCCCCCAUCACAGCCUAAACUCCACCUGGCUUAUGCUGGCUCCCUCCUGGGCACAGGAAGGGGUCUCUAGCACCACUAGGUGAAGACUCCAACUGGCUAGAAGUCACUCCCCCUCUCUAUGCUCUCACAGGGCGGAAGUCAGAACAGGACAGUCAGAAGUCCCCCCUGCCUUCUUUUCCAGGGGGUGCUAUGCGUGGGUCUGCCGCUGCUUCUCACCACUCAGCAUGAAGCAGAUCCCUCCCCGAGCCACCCCGGCUAUACACACAAACAUCUGGAAACAGGCCAGACUCUGGCCCACAUCUGGAAUGGUCCUGUGUGGAGCACCAUCUGGGAAGGGCCUAGCUCUGGUCAAACAGCUGUAUGGACUUAACAUCUGGGACUGGCCCAGCCCCCUAGACAGAUGCAGAAAAUGAGCCCAAUCUUGUAGACAGGUCUCCAGAACAGACACAUCUGGAACAGUUUCCCAAGGGGGGUGGACACAUCUGGAAUGGGCCCAGCCGUGUGGCAUGGUGGAAGGGUCCUGUCCUCUGUCCCCAUGCCCGGUUUGAAUCAAGCCUUCAUUCCAGUCCAGCUUUUGCCCUGGAGUUAAAAUUUCAGAGCUGAGGCCAUAUGUGACGUCACAAAACUGUUUUUGGUAGAAGGUGAAUGUUCUGUACAAUAUAUAUAUGAAUGUAAAAAGAUAUAUAUAUGCUGUAUAUAUAUGUGUGUAUAUAUGCACAGUGUAUAUAUGACCUGUAGCCCAUGUGUAUAUGCACUCCUCCCUGCACGUCUGCACACAGAGUGUACAUAACCCAGCCAGUAUGGGUGGGGACCAGGUGAGAGAUGGGGGCUACAGCAGCAAAGUCUGGGACAGAGGCACCCUGGGCCAGGGAU